UUACACGGAGGUCCAUGCGGUGAAUAACUAACCUCUCCUGCCAACAGUCGUGAGUGAGCCAUCUUGGGAGUAGAUGCUCCAGUCCCACUCAACACUUCAGAUGACUGCAAACUUGGCCUACAUCUUGACUGUAAUCUCAUGAGGCCAAGUCAGAACCACCCUGCUAAGCCAGGCCCAAAUUCCUCACCUGUAAAAACUAUGGGGCAGUAAACACAUGUGGUUUUCAGCUGUUAAGCUUUGGGGCGAUUGCUAUGCGGCAACAGGAUACUAACACACUCUCCGACACACGUAGAUCACUGAUCACAAGCUGGUUCACAUUUUGCUGUAACAGGAGCAAAUGACCAGAGCCUGAACUCAACCUUAGGCUUCUCAGAGCAGAUGCCGCAGGAACUGAGCGCCGCGGCAGAACUGGGCUAAGAACCAGGCACACCUUAACCUGGCGGAGAGGCGAGGUGUGUCGUCUGCAGCAUCCCUCUCAGCGCUACCAUUCUCCAGGUACACCUGGAAGGCAUGGGCACAGCCAAGGCGUGCAAGAACCUCGCGUGACACCCGCAGCCCGCGGCAGGCUCGGCGCCUGCGCAGCGCGCUCCUCGAGCUCCCAGGUGGCGCCGUUGAGCGCCGAGUCAUCGAUCGUCAAGUUCCCGAGCACCCUGGCUCCGGGCAGGACGCCAGCCGCCCGCUCGCGGGGUGAGCUCCAGAGGGCGCCCUCAGGAGAGGGGCCGAGUGCUCCGCUUCAAGAGACCCGCCCGCAGCGCGGCCGCCGCGGCGGGGCCUUCUCCCCGUUACCCCUCAGCACCCCUCCAGCACCGGUAGUCGCCGUUUCGGCGCCGCCGCCGCUUGAGACGGGAGCUGUCCGGCCGCGCCGCCGUCACCGUCGCCACCUCCGGGUCCAGGCCCUUGGGCCCCGCCGCCGCCGCCGCCAUGAAGCUGCGGGUGCGGCUUCAGAAGCAGACCUGGCCGCUGGAGAUGCCCGAAACGGAGCCCACGCUGGGGCAGCUGCGUGAGCACUUGAGCGAGGCCCUGCUGCCCACCUGGGGGUACAGUUCUGAUACCCGGUUUGCAAUUACAUUGAACAACAAGGAUGCCCUCACUGGAGAUGAAGAGACCUUGGCUUCAUAUGGGAUUGUUUCUGGGGACUUGAUAUGUUUGAUUCUGGAAGAUGCCAUUCCAGCACCUAACUUACCUUCAUCCACAGAUUCAGAGCAUUCCUCACUCCAGAGUAAUGACCAACCCUCUUUGGCCGCCAGCUCCCAUCAGUCUCGCACACAGGAUGAACAGCGGAGUGACUCAUGCCGAGGAGAGGCAGCCCAGUCUGAUGUCCGGAGUGUUGACAGUAUGUCAGGGCCUAGUCAGAAUUUUGAAGCCGAGUCAAUUCAAGACAUCGUGGACAUGGAAGAAGGCGCGGGUUUCUGUCCCUCGGAACCCAUGCUGUGCAGUGAAGCCGCGGAAGGGCAGGUGCCCCAUUCCCUCGAGACCCUGUAUCAGUCAGCUGACUGCUCCAGUCCCUGUGAUGCCUUGAUAGUGUCCAUACAUCUUCUCAUGUUGGAGUCGGGUUACAUACCUCAGGGGACGGAAGCCAAAGCUAUGUCCAUGCCAGAGAGCUGGAAGUCGGGUGGUGUGUAUAAGCUGCAGUACACGCAUCCGCUCUGCGAGGGCGGCGCUGCAGCUCUCACUUGUGUGCCUUUGGGAAACCUCGUCGUCAUAAACGCUACACUAAAAAUCAACAAUGAGAUUAAAAGUGUGAAAAGAUUGCAGCUGCUGCCAGAAUCUUUUAUUUGCAAAGAGGAAUCAGGGGAAAACGUAGCCAAGAUAUACAAAGAUCUUCAGAAGCUCUCUCGCCUUUUCAAAGACCAGCUGGUGUAUCCUCUUCUGGCUUUUACCCGACAAGCACUGAACCUACCGGAUGUAUUUGGGCUGGUGGUCCUUCCAUUGGAGCUGAAACUACGGAUCUUCCGGCUUUUGGAUGUUCGUUCUGUCCUGUCUUUGUCUGCAGUUUGUCAUGACCUGUUUAUUGCGUCAAAUGACCAACUUCUGUGGAGGUGUUUAUACCUGCGGGAUUUUCGAGAUGGUACUGGCAGAGGUCGAGACACAGAUUGGAAAGAACUGUACAAGAAGAAGCACAAACAAAGGAAAGAAGCUCAGAGAGGGCGGCACGUGAUCUUCCCGCCGUUGUCACCCCACCCCAUUCCAUUUUAUCCCAACCCCUUGCACCCUAGGCCUUUUCCUCCUAGCUCUCUCCUUCCUCCAGGAAUUAUUGGUGGUGAAUAUGAUGAAAGACUAACACUUCCCUAUGUUGGGGACCCAAUCAAUUCACUCAUCCCAGGACCUGGGGAGGCACCGAGCCAGUUCCCUCCACUCAGACCACGUUUUGAUCCGAUUGGCCCAUUUCCAGGACCUAACCCCAUCCUGCCAGGGCGAGGUGGCCCCAAUGACAGAUUUCCCUUAAGACCCAGCAGGGGUCGGCCAACUGACAGCCGGCUACCAUUCAUGUGACUGAUUUGUCAUCUCACUUCUGGAGCUUGUUUGCCUUUGCUUUUUAAACCUACAGGUGUCAUCCUGUCGGGGUGCUCAUCGCCAGUGUUCUCUGAUUGCAGUGCUGAUAGGGGUCCGCACAGAAGCCUUGCAGUAAAUGCCUAUUUUAAACCCCAGGCUGGAAGGGUCGUGGGAGCAGGUGGUUACUGACGUCCCCCCUCUGAAUUCCCCUCUAGGAUGAAGGUUGUUCACUGAUAAUGUUCUGCAUCAGAUUAAAAAAAAAAGUUACAUGUAAAUUUC